AUGUCAGUCGUCACUGGAUCCGACUUCCCGGGCUAUGAGCAACUGGGAAACAUUUUCAACAUCUCGGCAGCCGUUUCCAUUCCAGCGACUGUCCGUAUUGUCGCUACUUCUGGCCAAAUUGCCGACAACCACGACCCAAUGUGGGGAACCCAUGCGGAGCAAUUCGAAAAAUCAAUGGUCAACAUUGAGAGAUCUUUGGCGGCGGCCUCUCCACAUGUAACUGACCCACGACAACUGUGGGAGGGAGUUUUCUAUGUCACAUCGUUCCAUGUUGGCGUUUUGUCAAGGGAAGAACAACUACAGAUCGCCGAAAUUGCUAGAAAAUACUUCGGAAAAAACAAGCCUGCGUGGGCAGCUAUUUGUGUCAACGCUCUCUUCCCACCAGAGGCACUGGUGGAGAUCCAAGUUCAGGCAGCGUAUGGGGAUAAAUAA